UUAUUUGUUAAGGGAGGUUUUACGUAAUUUCACAAAAGCAGAUGGGGUUUUCUUAAAAACAAAGCAAAGCCGACCAAACCCGUGUGCCUAAACCUCAGCCUCCUCCAAAGCCCGAACGUCGUCGUUGAGCUCUAGUGGUCUGGUGAAUCCGAUACCAUGAAGUUCCGGUACGCCAUGGUGUGCUCGUCCAACCAGAACCGGAGCAUGGAGGCUCACGCGCUCCUCAAGCGUCAAGGCUUCGACGUCUCGUCGUACGGCACUGGAUCCCACGUUAAGCUCCCUGGACCUUCCCUCAGAGAACCCAACGUUUACGAGUUUGGAACUCCUUACAAGCAGAUGUUAGACGAGCUCAGACGAAAAGACCCAGAAUUGUACAAGCGGAAUGGCAUUUUGCCUAUGCUUAAGAGAAACGCGGCAGUUAAACUGGCACCUCAGCGGUGGCAAGACAAUGCUGCUGAUGGUUUCUUUGACGUGGUAUUUACUUUCGAAGAAAAGGUUUUUGAUAUGGUUGUUGAAGAUCUUCACAAUCGGGAUCAUGUGCUUAAGAAGUGUGUAUUGAUAAUCAACUUGGAAGUAAAAGAUAACCACGAGGAAGCAGCUGUGGGAGCUCGUCUUGCUUUAGAUCUUUGCCAAGAGAUUGAUGCGACCGAGUCAUGGGAGGAUUCAAUCGAUGACAUUCUGACUGCUUUUGAGAAACAGCAUCGGCGGAAGUUACUGUAUAGCAUCUCAUAUUACUGAAAACUGUGAUGUCAGGAAACAAAUUUCAAUAACCAAUUCAAUUGUUGCUGAUAAUCCAUUCGAUUAACCACUAGUUGCUCUCCCUUUUUGUAACAUUCUUGCAUAAGACUCCAAUUUCAAUACAAAUCUAGCAUCAAUUUUGCUUGUGGUA